ACACUCCCACCCCUCUCCUCUCUGAAAUUUUGAAAUUGAAAGAACAAACUCAAGAAAGAACCCUAGCCAUCCAGUCCCGCCGCCCGCAACCACCGCAGCCCCCAUACCCCCAGCAUCCCCGUCGCGUGUAUAGGCAUCACGUGUGGAAGCUCCGUCGCCGUCGCAGGAGCUGUGUCACCGUCGUAGGAAGCUCUCUCGCUGUCAUGUGGAAACUCUGUGGCCGUCGCCGUCUCCUCUGAUCGAGCGGUCUCCCUCUGUGUUCGUCGGUGUUGCCGUUUCCUCUAUUGUCGCUGUCACUCCCCUUCCCCCUCGUCGCUGGUAAGCAGAUAAAAGCUGCAGGAGGAAGGGUCAUACAUUGGCAAGGGUACCGAGUUCUUGGCAUUUUGGCAAUGUCAAGAUCCAUAGGUGGUAGGUACUUGAAACCAUGUAUUAUUCCAGAAUCAGAAGUGAAGUUUGUGCAAUGGGAGAAAUAUGACGAGUGCCUUUUUCUAGCUAGUGAUGGUUUAUGGGAUGUGGUGACAAAUGAAGAAGCUUGUGAAGUUGCACAGAAGAGGAUCCUUCUUUGGCACAAGAAGUAUGUCGAGAUUGCAUCAAUGACCGAACAAGUUGAAGAAGGAGUUGACCCUGCAGCUCACUCUGCUGCAGAGUAUCUCUCUAGACUUGCCCACCAAAGGGGAAGCAAAGAUAACAUCUCUGUAAUUGUGAUAGACUUGAAGGCUCAAAGAAAAAUUAAGAGAAAAGCAUAAACAAAAUACAUGUUAUCUAGCAUUAAGUUUUACAUAUGUAAUAUCUUCAACUACUAUCCUAUU